AAUUUAGAAUUAAUACCCAUUUAUUGUUGGCCACUAGGAAGAUAUUCUCCAAUUGUCUCUCAAGAACGCUAGUGGUCAUAUUCCCAAAAGCUCAAACCUUUUGGUGUUGAAAGAUGUUAGCAGCUAAUUAACAAAAGGGCAACUUAAAACCUAAACUCCCUCUUGCCCUAGCAUGCAAACCCUUCUCUUCCAUGGAUAUCAACCCCACUCCAUCUCCACCCAUCUCCGACACAAACCACCACCACCAACCUCUUCCCUCGGCCGCCACACACGGCGACCCUUCACCAAGAAAAGCCCUUUCUUCCACCGUCGGCGAUCGCCUCAAACGCGACGAAUGGAGCGAAGGUGCAGUCGCCACCCUCUUGGAAGCUUAUGAAUCCAAAUGGGUUCUUAGAAAUAGAGCCAAACUCAAAGGCCAUGAUUGGGAAGAUGUGGCUCGCCAUGUCUCUUCAAGGGCUAACUUCACCAAAUCGCCUAAGACUCAAACGCAGUGUAAGAAUAAAAUUGAGUCCAUGAAGAAGAGGUAUCGUUCGGAAUCGGCCUCCGCCGUUGACGCCGCCGCUGCCUCCUCCUCCUGGCCGUUGUAUCAUCGCCUUGAUCUCUUGCUCCGGGGAAACACUCAGCCACCUCCUCUUGCCACGUCGGUGAUUCUGGUUGAUGCGCUGCCGCCACCGCCGCCGCCUCCUCUGUCUCCUCCGCCCUUCACGGCGACGCUGAAUUGUCUUGGAUCUAAUGGUGUUGAUGGGAUUAUUCCAAAGGAGGAUGGAGUUGAUGAAACAAGAGUAUCAGACAAGGAGGAAAAGAACAAGAACAAGAGCAACAAAGUUGUACUGGAGACAGACAGUAGCACACCAGCAAUGCCAUACAGUGACAACGAGAAGCUAAGAUCGAAACAACAACCAAAAGCGAAGAAGACGAAGAAGAAGAAGAAGAAGAAAACGAGGAUGUCGGACGAGCUGGAUGAGAUCGCUAGCAGCAUUCGGUGGCUAGCUGAGGUUGUGACGAGGUCGGAGCAAACGAGAAUGGAGACGAUGAGGGAUAUGGAAAGGAUGAGAGCUGAAGCAGAGGCUAAAAGAGGAGAAAUGGAUCUCAAAAGAACAGAGAUUAUUGCUAACACUCAGCUGGAGAUUGCUAAGCUCUUUGCAGCUGGUGGCAAGGCUGCUGAUUCUUCAUCAAGGAUUGGGAGGCCCACUUCAUUUAAUUAAACAAUCAUCAUUAAAUAAACCUUAAUUUUAUUCUUAAGAA